ACUCUUCCUUGCACCGUUCUUUGAAUGGGCCCGGUCGUCAUCAGGUCCUCUUUAGUGCGUGUUCGCUCCCUGACUAUAACUAUUGGAAAUACCUUCACGUGUAGGACAUUUCUUGCAGGUCUGUGAACCGAAACUUCGUAAUAUCAUCUUGGCAGUUAAAGUUGGGCUCAUAAACUUAUAACCCAUGUAUCAUAGAUUUGAAUACAUCAAACCAAAAUUCACGGUUCGGAUUAGGUAAAUUAUACUGCUCUGACAAGAUAAACAGGAAAUGAAAAGCAAACAAUCGUCACUUUUUUUUUUCUUUCGAUUUGAGACUGACCUGUAGCUCAGUCAUCCGUCCACAAGAUGGUGCUAUACAGCACCCGUCAGCGCCGUUCCCCUUAAAGAAUAAAAACAUGUCCGAAAAUUAGAUUUGUUACAAAUUGUUCGAGUCGCCUCUCGUAGUUUCAUCGACCGGACGGCCACCCGACUCCUCGCUUGUGUCGGAACCGGUCGAGUGAGACUCGUAUUGACACGUUCUUGGGUCGUCGUUGGUGUUGGAGGUCGGAGUAGAUCAUCACUGCGUCUUGGGUCAUUCCGCUCUCACACGCAGGAGGUGGCCAGUGUGUUGGAUGCAGCAGCUGGGGGACCCAUCCAGCUGUGAGCAGAGCUCCCUCUCUUCCUCCUCCUCUCCCUGCUCUCCUCCUCCCAGUCUCUCCAUCCUUCCCUCUGACUGCAGUCUGCCUCCACUGCUGCUGCUGCUGCUGUGGCAGAGCGAGUGGGAGGAACUGUUUCUCUGUUUUGCUUCAAAAAAAUGAGGAGACGUCUUCCUGUAGCUGCAGCUGCUGCAGGGCUGGAUUUGGCUGCGACUCUCCUGCAUUGCACAAUCCUUCGCUCCUGCUCAGAGAGAUACGGCGGAGAAGAGGAAGAGAGCGGGGCGACGGCAGACUAAAGGGGAGCAGGAGAUAUUUGGACGCGAGCAGAUGGAGACGCAGGCAGAAGGAAGUGGAGGCAGAGCCAGUUGCACUGCCGCAGAAUGAGCUGGACGGAGAGAGCCAGCUGCCAACCCUUCACUCGCCACGCCAGCUGCGUCCUCGCCACCCCCUCUCUCUGAGCAGGACACGGAAGCCACCACAGUGGAGCCCAGGAGGAGAAGAAGGAGGGUGGCUGAGGAGGAGGAAGCCAGAGGUUCCACGCUCAAGAUGGCUGCUGUGUCCUCUGGCUCUGACACUGGCGACCAGAGGGGGCGCCACCCCCCUGAGCGAAGGCUGCUCAUUCUCGGGGGGCCCAAGUCAGGGAAGACCUCCACCGCCAACAGCAUCCUGGGGGACGAGGUCUUCGAUGCCGGCGCCGAGACCACGCACAGCAAUGUGGGUCAGACGGAGAUCUACGGGCGGCGGGUCACCGUUGUGGACACCCCACCUUGGAGCAUCCCCUGUGACCCGGAGGAGGACACGGAAGAAGAGCCCAACGACCACAGCGGCGCAGAAGGCGAGCACCCGCCGCGGCCCCCACCCAGCCUGGACAGCGAGGGACCCUGCAUGGGAGCCAUCCUGUGCCCCCCCGGGCCGCACGCCAUCCUGCUGGUAGUGUCCGUGACCCAGCCCUUCACAGACACCCACAGGAGGGCAGCUGAGGAGCAGCUGGGGGCGUUGGGCGGGGGCACCUGGAGGUACUCCAUGGUGCUCUUCACUGGGGUGGACAAGCUCCAGAAAGGUGUCUUCAUCGAGGAGCAUAUCGCCAACACGGGGGAGGCCCUGCAGUGGCUGGUGGAGCGGUGUGGCAGCAGGUACCACGCUUUCGACAACACGCACAGGGACACAGAGGACAACACUCAGGUGCCCGAGCUGAUGGAGAAGGUGGAGGAGCUGAUCACUGACAACCAAGGCUGGUACUUUGAGGUGAACGAGCUGAUCCUGCUGGAGGAGGAGCAGGCCAGGAGGGCUCUGGAGGAGGAGAGGAUGAGGAUGGAGGAGCACGCCCGGCAGAGGGAGCAGAUGAUUGGAGGGCCCCCGAGAGAGCUCAGGCUCCUGCUGCUGGGCUGGAAGGGUGUCGGCAAGAGCUCAGUGGGAAACGCCAUUCUGGGCCGCCGAUACUUCGAGUCGGGCCAGGAGACCGACCUUUGCCUGAGGAGGCAGGCUCUGGUGUCGGGCCGCCGGGUCACCAUCGUGGACACCCCUGGCUGGGACUGGUUCUCGGUGCGGCGGACACCUAAGCGGAUCCGGCAGGAGUCACAGCGCGGCGCCGCUCUCCUGCGCCCCGGGCCCCACACGCUGCUGCUGGUCCUGCCUGUGGUGUCGUCGCUCACCGCCCGGAAGCGGCGGACGCUCCUGGCUCACAUCGAGACGCUGUUCGGCGACGGUGCCUGUCUCCACACCAUGGUCCUGUUUAGCUGCGGGGACUGGCUGGGGCGCACCCCCAUCGAGGAGCACAUCCUGAGAGGGGGGCGGGAGCUGCAGCGGCUGCUGGAGUACUGUGGGAACUACUACCACGUGCUGGACAGCAAGACCCCCGGCAAAGACAGGAGCGUCUCCCAGCUGCUGGACCGCAUCGAGGAGAUGAUCCGGGAGAACGGAGACAAGGCCUUCCUGCCCAUCCAGACUGAGUGGCUGAGCGAGGAGAGCUCGUACUCCUCGGACAACACGGAGCCCGAGGACGACUGCCGAGGCUGCCAGCUCCAGUGACCCUCUGAAGCUCCGCCCCCUGCAGCCACAGCUUGGAUCCCCGCUCCUGUUGAGCUCCUCUGAUGUCAGAACUGACUGGUCCACUCGGCACUUUUUAAAGACUCAAACUGAGAUUUCUGCUUCUGACGGCGUCAACAGUUUGUCGUCAACUGGUCACAUGUUCAGGGGGUGUGGUCACAUGACCACCCUGGCAACUGGUGAAUAACAUUUAGAGAUGGGACUGUUGCCACGGUGACAGCUUUGUUUCAGUUGGACAGAAAAAGGCAGAGUCUGCAGUCCGACACCACCACCUUUCCAGCCCGGAAGUCUAGUUUUUCAGACCAGUGUGUGUCUCCAGUGCCAGCCCUGUUCUGGCUGGUGGGUCAGACGAGUCCAGACCGGUGACCAGUUCACGACACACACCUGCAGCGUCACCUGUGCUGCCACUUCCUGCUCCUCCUGUGCUAAUGUAACCAGUGUUGUGUGCUAAGGGCCGCCUGGUCGAUCAGUGUAGUCACCAUUAGUCGCAGUCGUGUUGCGGGUGCCGGUCCCGUCGUGCUUCUCUUGACAAGGUAGAUUCAGCCAUGUGCCUCAGCAUCAAAGCGUGAGCGAGAGUGGGGGCGUGGCCCUACGGCGGGACCGCGUCCAGCUUCUGCAUGCUCCAGAUCAACCACACGACCUCACCUGCUCAUUCAGGGCACAGCAACAGGGACCUUUCUUCGCGUACUGGAGGCACGGAACCGCUCCACAUGCACACGACCCAGUGCCUGUCGCGCUCCUCACCUCGCGGGUCACAUGACCCCACAAUCGGCGCUGGGCCGAGUGUGACAGUGGCUGAAAGCCGGGACCACCUCAUGACGGGCCCACGGCCGUCCUCUUCUUUCUUCGCCAUUUAAUGACGUCACUUGAGUGGAAACUGAUGGUCCUGUCUGUGUUGAAAACCAAGCCGGGACAGCGGCGCCCUACGAGCUUCACUUCACGAGAGGAUGGCACUUACUCUAUGGUCCCGACCACUGCCGUGCUGUCGGCUUCAUCUGGCGAUGUAGACCGCGGCUGCCGGCGCGACACGCAUGACUCCUCAGUUUGACAUGAGGCUGUUCCCAGCGUUUGUUGGACUCCACGUGGUUCAGUUGUUAGCAAUGUGCAACCUGAGUUUACUGUAAAGUGACGUGACUUCAUGUGUGCUCCUCUUGUGGCAUCACAAUAAAGA